AUGAUCGAGUCGUUACCCAGGACGCAAGCGCAUCGUGAAGUUGACCUCGAAGUCGUUGAUGCUGAUAAAGAAGAACUGUACUCCAAGCAAAUUCCCGGUCUCGUUAAAGCCAGCCUUAACAGAAAGCAGGGUGGUGUUAUCGAAGAAGGGCUGAAUCUAUGGCCUAGUAUUCAUAUCGAUGGAGUAGAAACGCUGUACACCUCCGUUUUUGAUGCUGCGAGGAAGGGACUAGGUGAUACAGGCCAUGAAUGUGAGGGCUAUGAUUUGGGCGAAAAUGGAGAGCACCAGAAAAUUCUUGAGCCCACCGCCUUCAUGGACGAAGAGCUGCAGGAUCAUUUCGGGGGACAUACUAUCAAAAGCCCUUGGGCGAGUCUCAAGCCAGAGAUCAAAGUAAUGGUGGAGAGGUAAAACGCCUUAGUCGAUUCAAUAAGGUUGAAAGGUUGAGCUGCAGCAGUGGUAAAGGACCAUGAUACUUUUCUUUCAAGCUUGAAACUGAUAUCUUGGCAUAGUUGGACUACUGUAUGCCUUGCAACACCCCAUGCACGAAUAGAGCCUAAGUUCCGACAGAAAGUCGUAGACACAAACUAAGCCACGAAACAGUGCUUCUCCUUCGCACGGCUUAAAGCUUCGCUCUCGGUAGUUGGAUUACGUCCAUAAUAGCU